UUAUUUCAGAAAACGUAAUACUGCCAAGGGCUAAAAACGGCACCGUUUAGCCUCAUUUACAUUCUCAGUUCUCACCUUUGUCUUGUCAACAGUAAUCUCACACUCGAGCUCCUUUUUCUCUCACUGUCUCUGUUUUUUGGGCUAGCUAAAGCUAAAGCUUGCUUCCUACUUAAUUUGUUGAGAGAAAGAAAGGUACAUUGAUUAGUGAUUAGAACUGGUAGAUAGAGAAAGCCUUUUUUUGGAGGUAGAAGGAAAGAUUCAUGGCUGGAGGUGGUGGAGGAGGAAAGCCAGAGGAGCCACAACCACACCCGCCAAAGGAGCAGCUUCCUAACAUUUCUUAUUGCAUUACUAGUCCUCCUCCAUGGCCUGAGGCUAUCUUGCUUGGUUUCCAGCACUACCUUGUGAUGCUUGGGACAACUGUUCUUAUUCCCACUGCUCUUGUUCCCCAAAUGGGAGGUGGAAAUAAGGAGAAGGCCCAGGUGAUCCAAACGCUACUCUUUGUUGCUGGUUUGAACACAUUGCUCCAAAGUUUGUUUGGAACACGAUUGCCUGCUGUCAUUGGAGGCUCAUAUACCUUUGUCCCAACUACGAUAUCCAUUAUCCUUGCUGGGCGAUUUAGUGAUGCUACUGACCCUGAGGAGCGAUUUAAGAGUAUAAUGCGUGCAAUUCAAGGAUCCCUUAUCGUUGCUUCAACUCUUCAAAUUGUUCUGGGCUUCAGUGGCCUUUGGCGUAAUGUUACCAGGUUCUUGAGUCCACUUUCAGCUGUUCCUUUGGUAGCUCUUGUAGGUUUUGGGCUGUAUGAGCUUGGUUUUCCAGGGGUGGCCAAAUGUGUGGAGAUUGGGCUGCCAGAGCUUAUCAUCUUAGUUUUUGUUUCACAGUAUAUGCCCCAUGUGAUAAAGUCUAGAAGACAUGUCUUUGAUCGUUUUGCUGUAAUAUUCUCAAUAGUAAUUGUGUGGAUUUAUGCUCACCUUCUUACUGUGGGUGGGGCCUACAAUGAUGCAGCACCAAAGACGCAAAAUACUUGCCGUACAGAUCGUGCAGGACUUAUAGAUGCUGCACCAUGGAUAAGAGUUCCUUAUCCAUUUCAAUGGGGAGCACCUUCAUUUGAUGCAGGCGAAGCCUUUGCCAUGAUGAUGGCUUCUUUUGUUGCCCUUGUAGAGUCCACUGGUGCAUUUAUUGCGGUGUCAAGAUAUGCAAGUGCGACUCCAAUGCCACCUUCUGUUCUUAGCCGCGGCAUUGGCUGGCAGGGAGUUGCAAUUUUGCUUUCUGGGUUGUUUGGAACUGUGAAUGCAUCCUCAGUUUCUGUAGAGAAUGCUGGUCUUUUGGCCUUGACACGAGUUGGUAGUCGAAGGGUUGUCCAGAUAUCUGCUGGAUUCAUGAUAUUCUUCUCCAUUCUCGGGAAAUUUGGGGCCGUCUUUGCUUCUAUUCCAGCACCUAUUAUAGCUGCUUUAUAUUGCCUUUUCUUUGCUUACGUUGGUGUUGGAGGUCUUAGCUUUCUUCAAUUCUGCAACCUCAACAGUUUCCGCACAAAGUUCAUAUUAGGCUUCUCAAUUUUCUUGGGCUUGUCAAUUCCACAAUACUUCAACGAGUACACUGCAAUUAAUGGCUAUGGUCCUGUGCACACUGGAGGAAGAUGGUUCAACGAUAUUGUGAAUGUUCCUUUCUCAUCAGAAGCAUUUGUUGCUGGGUGUGUGGCAUAUUUCCUGGACAACACACUGCACCGAAAAGAUAGUUCAAUCAGGAAAGACAGGGGCAAGCAUUGGUGGGACAAAUUCCGGUCAUUCAAGGGUGAUAUAAGAAGUGAAGAAUUUUAUUCCCUACCAUUCAAUCUAAACAAAUAUUUCCCAUCUGUGUGAUUAAACCAAGCACUAAAGUAUGAGUUCGUCUUGUCAAAAUAUGUCUUCUCAAUAGCUCUUGUGGGAUAACAUCGCAAUGUAUGUUAUUUGUUUCCUCUUUGUGAAUCUUAUCACACGCUAUAUAGCAGUACAAGAUAGUCAGUAAUUAAAUUUGUUUUUGUUGUAAAUCCAACAGCGGCAUGAACUUGAAACAACAAUGCAGAUUUAUUGCCCCUC